AAAAAGGUAAAUAAACAUUGGUUAGAAUCAUACAGUAUGGCUGUGGAGGGCAGGUUGUUCCCCAUAUUGUUCCUUUUCUGCCCGCCAGUCAGGUCUGAGCAUAGAAUCAGGGUCCUGUCUAGCCUGGCUUUUGGUUCCCUUCCCCAACAGGUCCUAACAACUUUCUUCAACCUGAGUGUCCUCUAUCUUCACGGCAACAGCAUCCAGCGCCUGGGGGAAGUGAAUAAGCUGGCUGUCCUUCCUCGGCUCCGGAGCCUGACACUCCAUGGGAACCCCAUGGAGGAAGAGAAGGGGUAUAGGCAGUAUGUGCUGUGCACCCUGCCCCAUAUCACCACAUUCGACUUUAGUGGGGUCACCAAAGCAGACCGCACCACAGCUGAAGUCUGGAAACGCAUGAACAUCAAGCCCAAGAAGGCCCGGAUCAAGCAGAACAUACUCUGAGGCUCCGAGGACCCUAGUAGUCCUAAAGGCCUGAGGACAGACAGCAUGGUUUGACAAUAAAUGAUUUGAGCUGUUGAGCAGGCAA